GAGCCCAGAUCUCAGAAUUAGGAGCAUAGUUGGGGAGUUUGAGUGGUGGACAGAGCCAGUCCUACAGUUCAAGGAGAAAAACUUCGAGCCCAAAGGCGCCUUCUCCCGCCUACUGCGUGCCCUGCCCUCUUGUAGUCUUUUGUGGACGCUUUGCCACUUCGCUCCUCGCGCCUCUCUCAUGUCCCGCCUCCACCGCGCCCUAACCUCCCUCCGCGUAACCUCCACCGGCGGCGCCGCCGCCGCAACCUUCUCCUCUGGAUCCACAAGUCUCUGCAGCAGCGACGCCACCUCAAAUGCGAUCGUUGCCCUCGUCGCGGCAGGCGGCGCCAGCCUGGAGGCCGACCUCGACCGGCUCGACCCAGCUCUCUCCGACGCCGCUGUGUCCGCGACGCUGCGCGCGCUCACCGAGCGCGGCGUCCCCGCCUGCCGCUUCUUCGCAUGGCUCUCUCUCCGCGGUGGUUCCUCCCCGAGCGCCCGCGCUCACAACCUGCUCGUCGAGAACGCCGGCAGGCUGGGCGACUACCCUGCUAUGGCCCGCGCCCUCGCGCUCCUCUCGGCGCGGCGGCUUUCCCUGACCGAGCAGGCGUUCGCGUUCCUGGACCCGUCAAGGCCGUCGUCGUCCUCCCGGAGCAGCGUGGACGAAACGGCGAGGGCGACUCUGAGGACUCUGGAUGGCACCGGCGGCCCGUGCCGCUCGUCCGGCGUGUUCUCGCUGGUCAAGGCGUUGGCUUCGAUCGGCGAGUUCGACGCGGCGGUUUCAGUGAUCGAGGAGACGGGGAGAAGGGCGAGUUACUACAACGUCCUCAUGGCUGCCAAGUGCAAAGCUGGCGACUUCCGGGGCGCCCGCGAGGUGUUCGACGAAAUGAAGCAAGCCAGCUGCGACCCGAAUGCCAACUCCUGGAAUUACCUCCUUGGGUGCCUGCUAAAGAAUGGCAGGGCCGUCGAAGCGUGUGAUCUCGUUGAGGCCAUGGAGAGGUCUAAAGCCAACGAUAUCCCAAACUCAUUGACGUACGAGAUCCUCACGUACCACGCCUGCAAAGCGGGGAGGAUGGAUUCGGCGAGGCGGAUUCUUGAUCAGAUGUUCUUGGAAAAUCUGACGCCCAGGAUUACAAUUCACACUGCCUUCAUCAAAGGGUACUUAUAUGCAGGCCGAAUAGAAGAAGCUCAUGAGUAUGUUGGUGGUAUGUGUGCCAGGGACAGGCACUCUGCAAACAGGAACUAUAGCAUGCUCGCCAAGCUGCUGCGCAAGUCGGGGAGGAUUGUCGAGGCGGGAAAUGUCCUGUAUGAGUUGAUGGAGAAGGGUCUCAGGCCUGACCAUUCUGCUUAUGUUAGAGUGGCCAAAAAUUUGCACAAGAUGGGCAGGGGAGAUCUGGCUGCCGAAUUGAAGUCCGUGUAUCAGAGAUUCAUUGUACAGUCAGGUUUGGAAAGUUGAUUUAUUUUGAGCUUCUGUAAAGGCGACUUGUGCUCCACUCCUCUGUGUGUCAUGUGUGAGUUGAUGAACUUUGCUGUAAAUCAGAAGCACAAUGAUCGCUUUGUAUAGAGAAGAAAAGAGGCACAUUAGGAGAAACAAAUGGCUCAAAGCCUUUUGACAUGGAUUUAUUUUGAACUAAGACUGAAAUGAGUUGCUACUGCAUGUUUCACUGU